AUGGCUCUGAUUAUCCUCCAAGCCCUCCCUCUCUGCCCAUCAUUGGCCAUCUUCACCUAUUACUCUGUUCUACCCCACAAGUUUUUUCAGAAGAUCUCAUCCAAAUACGGACCUCUCCUCUACCUCCUUAUCUUCAAAGUCCCAAUUUUCCUCGUCUCCUCGGCCUCGGUAGCUUGCGAGAUCUUUAGGACGCACGACGUGAAUGUCUCAACUCAUGGUUUCCGUGCGAUAGAGGGUUCUCUCUUGUUCGGACCUAAAUCAUUCGCAGGUGCUCCCUACGGAGAUUACUACAAGUUCAUGAAGAAACUCCUGGUGAUGAAUCUAUUUGGCCCGCAGGCCCUGGACCGGUCACGAGCGAUCCGUGCUGAUGAGCUAGAGCGGUUUUACGGAGACUUGCUCGACAAGGCGAGAAAGAAAGAGAUUGUUGAGAUCGGUAAGGAAGUAAUGAAACUCACUAACAACAGUAUCUGCAAGAUGCUCAUGGGGAGGAGUUUCUCUGAGGAGAAGGGUGAGGCAGGGAAUAUCAGAGAGUCGGUGAAGAAAACAAUGGGUUUGCUAGGGAAGGUUGUCUUGUCAAACACGUUAGGUAAGCUUGGCAUCUCUCUCUUCGGAAAAGAGAUUAGGAAGGUCUCCCACGGAUUUGAUGAGCUUCUAGAGAGGAUGCUCCGUGAACACGAAGAGAAGAAACCGGAGAAACAUCAAGUUAAGGACAUGAUGGAUGCAGGCCCGGCCCUAAGCAUGGGCUGA